GGGAGCGAGGGGAGGGUCUGCGGCUCGGCGUCGCUGCAGCAGCGCCGGCCCCGCCGCGCCGCCAGGGACCGGGUGCGGGCGCCGCCGCCGCCGGCUCUCCGCGCUGCUGCUGCGUGGCGAUCGCCGCUGCUGGCGGGAGGGGCAGGGAUGUGAGCGGUCGGGUCGGCUUGGCCCCCCCUUCUUUUUUUUUUUUUUUUUUUCCCUCCCCUCUCUCCUCCAAAAAAAGACCAAACCAGCCAACCAACCCCAAAAAACCCAGAGGGCGUGGGGGGUGGGGGGAUCCCGUGUCGCCGCCGCCACCCUCCGCUGGAGCCAUUGUGAGGAAAUUGCCGUUCGCCGGCAGCGGCGGCACAUCUGGGCGGGCACAUCUGGGCAUGCAACAUCGGCUCCCGCCAGCUUCCUCCUCCGUCCUCCAGCCGGCCGAGCGGAUCCCUCCGGGCCGCCGGGGAGACUCCUGCUCGCCAGCCCCGGGAUCCGUCUUUCGGACUGAAUAUUAAAAACUGGCAGCGCGGGGGGUGGGGCGGGGUGGAAAUAAAGGCUGCUUUUUUUUUCCCCUGGGAUUUAUUUCAUGGGGAUGUGUUCAAGACAAGAGAGGAUUCAGAAGGAUAUUGACGUUGUGAUCCAAAAGUGCAAGGCGGAGAAGGACUGCCUGUUUGCAGAUUUCAGGUACUCUGACUCCACCUUUACCUUCACCUAUACUGGAGGCUCCAAAAGUGUAUCCUAUUCAGUGCAUGUCUCUGAGGAUUACCCAGAUAACACUUAUGUUUCCAGUUCUGAUAACGAUGAAGAUGUGUUAGUUACAACAGACCCAAUUCCAGUAAUUUUCCACCAAAUCGCUACAGAAUUAAGAAAAACCAGCGAUGUCAACUAUUGCUUAUCCAUAAAAUCAAAAUUACAGAGGGAGAAUGGAGAGGAGUCACGGCACAACAGCACAGUUGAAGAAGACUCUGAAGGAGAUAAUGAUUCUGAGGAAUUCUAUUAUGGAGGACAGGUUAGCUAUGAUGGAGAACUUCACAAGCACCCACAGCUGGAGGCUGAUUUGACAGCAGUGAGAGAGAUCUAUGGACCUAAUGCAGUAUCUCUCAGGGAAUAUGGAGCCAUUGAUGAUGUAGAUAUUGAUCUGCAUAUUGAUGUUAGCUUUCUUGAUGAAGAGAUUGCUGUGGCUUGGGAUGUAAUUCGCACAGAGCCUAUAAUAGUACGAUUGCACUGUUCACUUACACAGUACUUAAAUGGUCCAGUGCCAACUGUGGAUGUAUUUCAGAUCUCUACUAAGGAAAGAUUUGGGCUGGGACAUCAGCUGAAAAAAAUCAUGCAGACAUUUGUUACACAACAGUGGAAGAAUAGCAAAGAGAAAUCUAAUUGUACGCACAAUAAGAAGGUGUCUGACAAAAAGGUGAAAUCCCCUCUGCACAUCUUUUCUACGCUGCGCAGGUCGCCAAGUUAUCCUCCACCUGGGUGUGGUAAAAACAAAUCAAAACUGAAGUCAGAACAGGAUGGCAUCUCCAAAACUCACAAGCUACUCAGAAGGACUUGCUCUAGCACAGUGAAGGCGGAGGAUAUGUGUGCCACAAAAUCUCACAGAACCUUUGGCCGCUCGUUGUCGAGUGACCCUAGGGCUGAACAGACAAUGGCUAUUAAAUCGCACAAACUGUUGAACCGUUCUUGCCCUGCAGCCGUCAAGCAGGAGGAGUGCAUCACUUUAAAGCCCCAUAAGCUAUUAAGUAGAUCGUGUUCUGGGGACCCUCGAUGUGAGCACAACAGCACCUUGAAGCCCCACAAACUUUUAAGCAGGUCCUACUCCAGUAAUCUUAGAAUGGAAGAAUUGGAUGGAUUUAAGAAUCACAAGUUACUCAGCAAGACUUACUCCAAUGCCCCUAAAUCAUCCAAAAUGGAACCUUUCAAGGAGUCCACCAUAGCAGAGAGCAGGAGGCUCUCUCUUACCUCAGGGCUUAUUGGUAUCUUAACACCAUCUUCAUCAUCACCUUCACAGGCUGCUCAAAACUAUGGUGCAAAAUGCAUUCCGGUACGAGACCGUGGCUUUCUUGUGCAGACUAUUGAAUUUGCUGAGCAGCGGAUACCUGUAUUGAAUGAAUACUGUGUAGUUUGUGAUGAACCCCAUGUGUUCCAGAAUGGCCCUAUGCUGAGGCCCACUGUUUGUGAACGGGAGCUCUGUGUAUUUGCUUUCCAAACAUUAGGAGUGAUGAACGAAGCUGCUGAUGAAAUUGCAACUGGGGCUCAGGUGGUUGAUCUGUUAGUAUCCAUGUGUCGGUCUGCAUUAGAGUCACCUAGGAAAGUUGUCAUUUUUGAGCCAUAUCCUUCUGUAGUUGAUCCUAAUGAUCCUCAGAUGCUGGCCUUUAACCCCAGGAAGAAGAAUUAUGACCGAGUCAUGAAAGCAUUGGACAGUAUCACUUCUAUUAGAGAGAUGACACAGGCACCUUACUUGGAAAUAAAGAAGCAGAUGGAUAAACAAGACCCGCUUGCACAUCCUCUUCUACAAUGGGUUAUUUCUAGUAAUAGAUCACAUAUUGUGAAGCUACCGGUGAACAGGCAACUAAAGUUUAUGCACACUCCCCACCAGUUCCUACUUCUCAGCAGUCCACCAGCCAAAGAAUCCAAUUUCCGAGCUGCUAAAAAUCUCUAUGGAAGUACAUUUGCAUUUCAUGGUUCACACAUUGAAAAUUGGCAUUCCAUCCUGAGGAACGGCUUAGUUGUUGCUUCCAAUACGAGGCUGCAGCUCCAUGGUGCAAUGUUUGGAAGUGGAAUCUACCUUAGUCCAUUGUCAAGCAUAUCAUUUGGUUACUCAGGGAUGAACAAGAAGCAGCAGAAGGUGUCAGCUAAAGAUGAACCAGCUUCAGGCAGUAAGGGCAGUACUACAUCACAGUCACAGAAGAAGGGACAACAGUCACAAUUUUUGCAAAGCCGUAACUUAAAAUGCAUAGCCUUAUGUGAAGUGAUAACCUCAUCGGAUCUGCACAAACAUGGAGAGAUAUGGGUAGUUCCUAAUACGGACCACGUGUGUACGAGAUUUUUCUUUGUUUAUGAAGAUGGUCAAGUGGGUGAUACAAGUAUAAAUACACAGGAACCAAGCAUUCAUAAAGAGAUUCUUCGAGUCAUUGGCAAUCAAACUGCUACUGGUUAAAAGGACCACUCUUAUUUAAUUGACGUGAUUUGGAAGCCUUCCUCAGUCUCAAAGCUGGAUUUUGAACUGAAGAAGAUGCAAAAAACUAAUUUAUUAUGAUUAUUAUUAUUAUUAUUAUUAUUAUAAGCAAAUUAACCCUUUGAAUACUUACUGUUUUCUUACUUAGUAUUUCUUAUCUCAUCAAAAUACCUGAGAUGGUAUGAAUUAGCAACUGUAGGGGUGCAAAGUCUAUUAAUAUACUACAACUAAUAAUAAUUAAACAGGCAUUUGGCUUGCUGACAAUAAACAGACUUUAAAAAGGAGUUUUGUGCUGAUAUUUUUAUAUUAAACUUCAAUUGGAGGUUUUAGUACUGUAUACUGGUAUUUUAAAUUUAGAAUGACUGAAUUAUAAGUGAGAGAGAAGAUUUUAUAGCGGAGCACCUGUAUUAUGCAGGAUACUUUGCAAUAAGUAAAAUAUUCUCAUAUUUAAACACAAUAAAAGGUUGUCUGGAACAUGUCAAAUUAAAGAGAUUGGUUACCUGCAGUUAUAUUUGAUUCAUUUUAUUUUACACAAAUACAGCUAAGAUUUAGAGUCAAAGGUCAAAACAACAAUACAUUUUUUAUUUAAUGAGUGAAACAAAGCAAAAAGUAAUGAAUGUGAUGGUGUAUGUUUAGUUUUCUUUAUCUUCUCUGGAAACACUGUCUUAUCUAUUAAGCCGCUCAGUUGCAUUUUUUAAUUAUACAAGCCUAGCAAACAUCUGGAAAUCCUGAAGCUGUUAACUUCCUUUUUACAAAUUUGGUUUUUAUAUACUAGGUCACAUUUUCAUCUCAACUUCAGUGAAGCUGCUCUGUGGUUAAAUUUAGUCACAAAUUUAAAAGUACAUGAUGAAUUAAGGCUUUUACAUGAUUGAGUUGAUUGUUGAUACAUCAGAAAAUACAAACAAGUGCAAAAUUUUACUGAUUUGUUGAAAUAUUUUUAUUAAUUUAUUCCUAAGGGAAAACAAACCAAUUCAGAUCUCUCUAUCCUUUACAUUAAUAACCUUUUUUUCCAAGUGAGCAUGAUGACAACACAGGUGGCGGGGUGGGGGGGGGUAGUCUCUAAGGCAUAAGGCAUAUCCUGUGCCCUGACAAGUGCCCUUGGUGGCCCUCACAGUAGCCAUCCUGAAGCAUCAAUCACACCCUUGAAUAUGGAGAGCAGUUCAACUUGCCCAUCUGUGCAACUAUUACAAGCCACCUCAGAAAGCAAAAAUAGACUGAAUCCUCUAUUAUGUUAUUUCCAUAAUAAAAAUACUGAAGAGCCAAAUAACAGCACAACAGAGCAUAGGCAUGUUUGUUUCUUUUAAACAGAACUGCAUUAGAUAUGCUGUAAUGGGUGUUGCCUUCUUUCUAGUUCAAGCUACACUCCCUUAUUACUUGCUGCAGUUGAUGUGCCCUACAAGUAAAAUAGUGUUAUUGGGCCUAGGAGUGCAUACUUUGAGAUGUAUUUUAGCAUACUUGCUGGGGACUUCAGUUUUUCUGGGUUCACACCCAGACCUGUAAAGCCAAUCCUGUUUGCAAAUCCUUGUUUUGCUAUUGAAUUUCCAUUGACUUUCAACCCCACUUGGUGGGCCCCUAACUUGAAAAUCACAACUCUAAUUCUUAUCUUUUGUGUUGGGACACAGGUUAACUUCUUGAAACAAAGAGGAUUCCUGAAAUUUGUCUGCCUACGUAAAGACUGCCUUAGGUUGUGUAAGUGCACAAAAUCAGCAUAAUUCAGAAGUGGAGCUGAAACCCUGGAAUGACCACCUCUAUAAUUUGUCCUGCCAUAUGUGUCUGAAUCACUAAGUUUUGCAUAACAAAAAGAAACUAGGAAGCAAGUGCACAGAGAUACCCCCUACGUUGACUUGCAGGGCUGAUAGUCCACCACUCUGGGAGGCCUUCUCAAAAAACUAGGAGAAAAGAAAGAUAAGCAUGAGUGAACUGGAGAAGCCAAGUAAGCAGUCAUCUUCCCUGUCCCCUCAACCUGCAGCAGGGUCACAAGUGAACACCUUGAAGGAAGAAACCUGGAAUGUAGCUAUGGCAGCAAGUCAGCUUGGUUUGCACAGUGGGAUCAUGCUACUGGCCAUGCAUGGUGCCGUCAUAAGUACAACCACUGGAAAAGGGAGGGGAAAAAACAUCUCUGCCAAAUUUUAAGACUGCUCAGAGGUUUGCUUUAAAUCGAUGAGCAGGAGGAAGGGACAACGUGAAGGAAAGCAGGGCUCUGAGGUAUAUGGAGGCCUGGGUGUUGUAAGGUGCCUACUUCAGGGAGUACUGAGACGAGUGGCUUAGGCAUGGGGGAGGAGGGUGGCCAACAGUAAAAGGCAGAAUGUGAUGAGCAGAGGUGUUACAAAGCAGUGGGAGAGGGCAAAACCUUUCAGGGAAAAAGGUAGUUGUGAAGGCAUGAGGGGUUUGCUGGUAGGAAAGAAAAAAAAAAAAAGAGGAGCCACCGAAUUACUAACAGGCAGCAUUAGCAGUUCAGGUCCCACACGGUGCGUGGCAGGAAAAGGGACUGAGAGGACGAAGCUGCAGUGUGGGGAAACACAGCCCAUGGAGGUAUGGGGCAGCACCAUGCCUUCCCACCUGGGAAGGUGUCACACUGUAGGGGACAGUGCGAUGACACAAGCCCAGUAUCACACACAAACAGCAAUUGAGUUAAACCAAAAUUCACUUGCUACAGAGUAACCCAGUCACUUUCUUCUUCAGCCAAUAUAUUAACGAGAAACUUCUUCUAAGGUGUUAUAUUAUUUGCAGGUGAACGUGAGUCUUCAGGUUGUUUAACAAAGUAUUAGUUCUCAUCAUUUUUAAAAGAUGAGGGGAAAGAGGGAGGUUCUUUGGGGGUCUGUUACUCAAAAAUAAAUAGCCCUUCCAUAGCAAACUUCAAAGCUGAAAGAAAGGCUUUUUCACCAAGAACUGGAAUGAAAAAGCCCGAGGAGGAGAUUUUCUUAGAAGGAUUUUUCCCUCAUGGUUUUAUCCAAGGGUGGAAGUUGCAUAUUGCCAAAUUCUUCCAAAUGAUUACAUUCAUAUGGAUUCCAGGGGAUGAAAAAUAAAAAGCCAGGGUCAUCUGAGGUAGGACCCUAUGUUAUCCCCAAAGCUGUUGCUUGCCUUUCCCUUCCUCUGUUAUCAUGCUCACAUAUUGGUGAUAGAGCAAUCUUCAUAACUCCUGCUGUAAAGGUGUAGGCUUUUCACAGGUGGCUUUUAAUCAAAGAAAAUAGAGCCCCAGGCUCUACUGUCUCUCUUGGUAGAAAUCUCCAUGAAGCCAUAGCUAUCUAGCUGUGACCGUGCCCAGCAUGGAGCAACCAAGGGAAUUCUUGGGAAAGAACUUUCUAACUUCUUCGUACAUCCUGUAACAAAUUACAAGCCCUCAAAUGGGGAAGGUUUGAUGGAAAAAUUAUGUUGGUAACUUAAUGUUGCACCCUAAUUAUGAAUUGCCAUAUUUAUACUUCUGAAUAUUUUAAACACUGAGAAAGGAAUCCAUAAAGAUGCUUUUAAACCUUUCUUGUGAUUCAAGCAGGUAUUUAGCAUUCAAGGGGUUAAACAAUUUGAGUUAUGAUACGAAUCAGCAUAGCUCUGUUUUCUUCAGCAGCGCUACACUGUUUUGAUAACCUGAGUCUUUGGCUCCAUAUUACUUAUAAAAUAGCCAGUUUGUGUGAUAUUCUGCUUAAUAUUUUACAGGAACUAGUCGAUGACACUGGAAUUGUUUAUGCUUACAUUUUUUCUGUGAAGGCCUUGAUGCUUCACAGUUACUGAUGCUGUAUAAUUUUAAUAUUAUAGCUGUUGGUACUAAAAACGCACCUGAUGAAUAAUGCUAAGAUUAUGCUUUUGGUAAUACAAAUACAAGAUCACUCCAAAUGAA